CAGUCGGCACUAUUUACCAGGACUCCCCCGCCGCCAGUCUCCGUGGUGACCAUCGACAGCGUUGAGUUCACCCACCAGCCCGUGUCACAUGACGUCGGACCAGAAUCCACUGAGUCCAGAGGUGCCGUUAACGCUCGGAGCGCUGGGUCCUGGAUACUACUACUUCUACCAGGUAACUGCCAGCCGCCGCCGCCGCCGCCGGUCAGCGUCUGUCAGGAGACGCAGCAGGUUUCCCCCGCAGCCGAGCUGAAGGAGGAGGAGGAGGAGGUCUGCGUCGUCACAACAACACUCGGUCAGGGUUUCGAAACGCGGACGUGGAGCUUCUACAGCAUUUGUUCCAUCGACGCCGACGACCUUGAACAGGACGGCCGAUCCCAAACAGCUGCUCCGCCCUGCAUAGUGGUGCCUCCGGUCUCCAGCCAAUCACACGCAGACGCACGCGACCAGUCGUGUGUCACAGAGCCUGAAGCGACAGGCGGGGAACCGGCUCCGGCACAAUCGCACGCCGCAGAACAUUCCUCCACCGCUCCGUCACAGACUCCCUCAGACAGCUCGCCCUCAGCAGAGCAGACCACCGAACCUCCUGUUGUUCUGUGUGACCCGCAGAUAAACGGCGAGGAACCUCCUGAAGAUCCGCCUCGCCACGAAGCUGCGCAGCAAACAGAGGAGUCUGUGUACGUGGUGAGUGUGUACAUGGAGGGCCACAGAGCAGCAGAGCAGACGACCACCGACUUUAACCCUCUGGUCGAUCGUCUGCACGAGUCGGCCGAGGCUCCUGAACCAGAUACUUCCAAUCGGAGCUCCUCAAAGCUCGACCUCGACCUCGGAGCGCCGCACGAGGAGGAGGAGGAGGAGGAGACGUCGCCUGGAGGAAACGCAUCUCGCCAGCGUGACUCCAUCACACCGGAGAAAUUAGACGUCAAUUCGAACGAUCCGACGUUCGAGCUGAGCCGCGUUAAGUUCCCCGGUCGAGACGUCGGAGCUCUUCUCACCGAACCUGACGAACAGCUCGAAGGUGCGUCGGGGCCUCUGCACGACGACCCGGAGGAGCUCAUCGAGGACGUCCUCAUGAGCGGAGACGACCGGCAGACAAAAGCACCGACACCAGAAAUGUUUCAGGACAGCAUAAACGUGGAGAAAGGUGACGUCGCAGCUGGAAACACGUCUCACCUGGAGACGAGUGACGGAGAAUGCGUCGCGUUGUCAGAGUCCUGUGAAGACCCACAGAGCUGCACCGAAGACUCAAGUCUCAGUCUUCUCACACGGCCUCCUCCUGCUGGAAGUGAGCUUUCUUUCACCUCCUCCUCCACGCCACCCUCCUCCUCCUUGUCCCCGUUCACGUCGUCGGAGGAUGGUGAUCCUGCCGACGGUGGAUGCAGAGAAACACAGCUGAAGGUCGAUCGGCCAGAGGAGGAAGACACACCUGAUAUUGAUCUGCCUCUGUCGUCUGCAGAUACAGUAGAACCGAACCCCCGAACUCCUCAAACAGCCUCCGGACCCCCAGAACUCCCCAGAACGUCUCAGGAGGAGCUCGCCGACAUUCCUCCUGAAACUCCCGACAUCUCAGCUCCCGAGACUCUGUCCCAAAGUGUCGCAGUCAUCUGUGACACAUACGUGAUUCCUGACGACUUAAGCUGUCUGGAUGACUCGGUUCUGGACCCCGACUCGAUCAGCGUGGACCCGGGUCAGAUUGACGUCUACGCGUCAACUCCAUCGUACGAGAUUCACUUCCCGGGUCACGAGCCGUCGCCGACUGCGGAGGAGGGGGAGAGAGAGGGAGGGAUGAGGGAGAUGGUGUCCGAGCUGCUGGGAGAGGACGCCGACUCCUCCAUCUGCCGCCUCUAUCCCCAACCCUGGAUCAAGCUGGGUCUGGAGGAGAGCUGCGCGGGCUGGGCCCAGGGCGCCGCCGAGGCCGAGCCCGGCCGGGGCGAGAGCCGGACCGGCAGCGACUCUGAGCACAUCCCGGCCCUGGUGUCAGAGCUCCAGCCCUCUAUGGCUCUGCUGGGAGCUUACCCCUUCAGCACUGUGAUGCCUCAGGGACCCUGUGUGUGGGACUGGCACACAGACUGCACUCCGCCUGGACCUGCUGCUGCCCCCAGCCUUAACCCUGAUGCUGAGGUAUGGACCAACGAUAACUUUAACCUGGACGUCCCCGGCCCCGCCUACCUGCAGCCGCAGCAGCCAUGGGUGCAAUUCCCCAACGACCUGACCAAUCACGAAGGAUUCAUGCCAGAGUUCGAGCUGGACAACGUGGUUGAGUCCGAUCCCAGCACGCUCGAGUACCAGAUGCUGACUGCUGAAGCUCCUUUAGUUAACGGAGAGCCCAGUGCCCCGCCGGUCACAGAUGAGGUCAAACAACAGCUGAGGACAGUUUUGGAGUCCUGUCUGACCAGGGAACACCUCGGCAACGACCUGUACCUCAACUCUCAGAUGGACAGCGACCAGUAUGUUUCCAUUGCCACUCUGGCCAGCCUCGACAAGAUCAAGAGCAUCAGCACCGACCUGGACCUCAUCUCCGACAUUCUGAAAACCCUGCCGCUGGUCCAGGUGGCUCCGUGUGGUCAGAAGGUCCGGCCCAGUCAGAGUCGGUGUGUCGUCAUCCUGCGAGAGAUCCCCAACAGCACUCCUCAGGAGGCAAGAGCCGCCUGCCGCACCAAAACAACCUCUCUGCUCUCCUCUCCUCUUUUUCUCUCCUCUCCUCUCCUCUCGGAAGAAGAGAGCCAGUUCGAGGUGGUGGUGGUGUUGUGUGGGAAUGUGAAGGAGCACGCGGAGAUGACCGGUGAGGCCAAACCAGCUCAGCUCACACAGGAGCCAGUCGCAGAGUCCAAGAAGCUGAGCUACGCCGCCAUCUGCCAGAGAGCGCCGUCCAGCGAGCCGGUGCCGCCGCCGCCGCCGCUGCCCACCGACCACGCCUCUCCGGAGCCAGAGCUCACCCUGACCUACCCGGGCCAAUCCGAACCGGCUGUGUUGCCGCGGUGA